UCUUCGGAGGAUUGGUGUGGACCUGUUGGCUGAAGGGCCUGUUUCCACACUGUAGGAAAUCUAAUCUAAUCAAAAUUAAAUCUUGUUAAUUAAAAGAGACUCGUCCAGGAAGUGGCUUUCCUGUUGUCCACUAGACCAAGUAGAUUCUUUAGUUUCCAACUCUUAAAGCAGGCAGUGGCAGUAAUCUUCAGUCCAUAUGACACAGUAAGCUGGCAUACCCAAACAACAACACGCAAUGGCAAUAGAUGUUGUCCACUCCUAACUGUCCCUUGAGACAACUACAUCGCGAUGUGUCUGAAGUCACGUGCAGGCACGAAUGGGGAAGGAUGGCAGAGUUUCUUUCCUCAAGGACGGUAGUGAGCCAGAUGGGAUGGGUAUUUUAUCAUGAUAAAUGAUGAUCAUCAUGGCUUUACUGAAAACUAUCUUUGUAUCCCAGGAUUGAUGAACUUGAAUUCCGUGAGGUGCCACGAUGGGCAUUACACCAGGGCAAUUGGCUGGCCUCCGGAAAUACUCCUCAUUACCAGUGUGCCAACAUCACCUCCCCAUAUCUCACCCAGUAUGCCAACAUCACCUCCCCAUCUCUCACCCAGUGUGCCAACAUCACCUCCCCAUAUCUCACCCAGUGCGCCAAUAUCACAUCCCCCAUAUCUCACCCAGUGCGCCAACACCACCCCAUAUCUCACCCAGUGCGCCAACAUCACCAUCCAAUAUCACACCCAGUGUGCUAAUAUCACAUCUCCCAUAUCUCACCCAGUGCCCCAAUAUCACAUCUCCCAUAUCUCACCCAGUGCCCCAAUAUCUCAUCCCCAUAUCUCACCCAGUGCGCCAAUAUCACAUCCCCAUAUCUCACCCAUUGCGCCAAUAUCACAUCCCCCAUAUCUCACCCGGUGUGCCAACAUCACCAUCCAAUAUCACACCCAGUAUGCCAAUAUCACAUCCCCAUAUCUCACCCAGUGCGCCAAUAUCAUAUCCCCAUAUCUCACCCAGUGCACCAAUAUCACAUCCCCCAUAUCUCACCCAGUGCGCCAUCACCAUCCAAUAUCGCACCCAGUAUGCCAAUAUCACCACCCCAUAUUAAACCCAGUGUGCCAACAUCACAUCCCCAUAUCUCAAAAAGUGCGCCAACAUCACCAUUCCCAUAUCCCACCCAGUGCGCCAAUAUCACCACCCCAUAUCCCACCGUGUGCCAACAUCACCACCCCAUAUCCCACCCAGUGCGCCAACAUCACCACCCCAUAUCCCACCCAGUGCGCCAACAUCACCACCCCCUAUCCCACCCAGUGCGCCAACAUCACCACCCCCUAUCCCACCCAGUGCGUCAAUAUCACAUCCCCCCAUAUCUCCCCCAGUGGGCCCUUUCUUACACUGGAGGAUAUUUAGGGAGUGUAAACCAUGGUACACUUGAUGGACACAGCUCACUUGACAUGAAACUGGAACAACAGACAUGUUCAUUGUCAGACUGAUUCAUUGUCGAAUAUAAUUUUACAGAACAAUUCAGUGGCACUAACAGAAACGGCAAGCCACUUGUCAUAGCAGAAACACAUUGCGUUUGCGUUCUUCAACAGGAAACAUAUGAAGGAGAGAAAGUUCCCAAGUAUAUUUCCCUUUGCAACUUUCUUGGUCUUGUAAAAUCUAACCGGAACCAUUUCUCCAAGAAGACAUGUUCUUGUUAGAGAGAGAAGUUGGGAAUGGGGGAGACGGAAUGUGAAAUUAAUGCCGACAGUACUUUUUUGGGAAUUAAAAGUUGUGGGAUAGCGUGUCCUCAGAGGACAGACUGUUCUCUCCCAGAGUUGAACACUUAGCCACAGGGCUUGCCAAGAACUAAACCAACUCUUGACACAAACUAUACAGCACUAGUGAACUGCCACAGCUUUCUCUCCGGCCUGCUAUAACGUUGUGGGUUAAAGCCUUUUUUCCAUGGGGUUGUGAAAUGUAGUAGAAAUUGAGCUGAGCAUUAGCUGCAUAUAUGAAGGGUGAUUGUAGCUGCUUUACACAAUUGCUGCCUUGUGAAUGCUGCAGCAUUAUCGGAAGCUUGUUUCACUUGACAUCCUUUAACAAAAGUUCAAAAAUGUCAACGUGUCCCAAAUCUAGGGGAUACCACUCAACUGCAGACAUGUGUCACUGAGGUUUUAACUUGCAAUCUACCAACUCAGUCUCAACUAAGAUUUUGUUCUGAAGUAGGGUCACUAGGGAGUUGAAAUGCUAACUCUGAGCUUUGUCUCCACAGAAGCUGUCAGAUCUGCGGAGUUUCUCCAGCAAUUUCUGUUUUUUGUUUCAGAUCUCCAGCAUCUGCAGUUUUUUUUUUGUUUUACAAUAACGAUUUUGGGCUGAUUCUAAACGCAAGAUCAAAAUGCACACUGUCUUGGUCCUCAGAGAUAUUCACCCUCCGGUGACCUGCUUUACUUGGGUUGUGUACCAGAUAAUUAUUGGUACUUUCCAUGGUUGUUUUUUGGGGUAUCAAUGGGCACAACAUGUAACAAUUUUUAUGGUGUGGCAACCUGUACUUAGCAUUGCAAUGUCUUGCAAGUUAAAUUAAUGGUGCUCAAUCCUUCCAUUUAAAACUUAGAUGUUGGGGCACAUUUAACAAGAGUUAGAAUCCCUAUAGUGCAGAAAGAGGCCAUUUACCAACUCUCCAAACAGCAUUUCACCCUAUCUCCACAUUUUAU